AUGUCUGCUUUAGGGAACAUCAAGAACAAACGCACGCGCUCGGGUGGUCCUAAUAGGACGCAGAAACGCCAUAGACAGAAGGAGGACGCGACUGCAUUCAUCGCUUCUUCCUUAGCCGAUGUUCCUUUUCGGCGGUUAUAUCACUAUCCCUCGCAGGAGCCCUUCCCUGUGAUUAUGGGGGACGACUUUCCUGCCGAGCCCUACCGAUCUCGCCACGAUGACAUCAAAAGUUCAAUUCACUGGGGGCAGCGCAAGCUCAUGCUCUCUGAAAUCCAGAUGCUGACGAUGUACUGCGAGCCCGAGGUUUCAUAUCACAUCGUCUAUGCAGGGGCUGCUCCGGGGACGCAUCUGAGCCUGCUGGACGACCUCUUCGCGAAACGACACACGUGGGAGCUAGUGGACCCCGGGGAGUUCGACCACGCGGCCCUCGACGGCCGCCCGAACAUGGUCCUGCGAAACGAGUUCUUCACGAACGACACCGCCUACGGGAUCAACGCGCGGCGGCUGACGGAGGUGCUGCCGGGCCUCGCCACGGUCUACGCCGCGCUCACGCGCGACGCGCUGUCCCAGGUGGAAGGGCCCGCCAAGUUGUCCCAGGUGGAAGGGCCCGCCAAGUUGUCCCAGGUGGAAGGGCCCGCCAAGUUGUCCCAGUCCGUGCUGUUGGCGCAACUACAGGACGCCGUGGGCCAACGUGACGUGGCGCGCGGGACGGCGGCCAUCCCGUCAGCCUACGAGCCCCCGCUCAGGCUGCCGCGCGGGCUCGAGCUUCUGUGCCAGGUCGGGCUGGAGCGCCGUGGGCCGCUGCUGUUCAUCUCGGAUAUCCGCUCCGGCGCCCUGGAGGUCGAGAACUUCGAGGACCACGUCGCGGAGAACAUGCGUGCGCAGGAGGUGUGGACGGAGAUUCUGCAUGGUGCCUACAGCAUGCUCAAGUUUCGCUUGCCAUACACGCGAAAGGCGAAGAGCUUCGGUGGACGUGAUGAGGAGGUGCAGACAAGGCUCAUCCGGCCGGAUGGCUGCGUUUCGUACCUGCGAGGAGAUAUUCUGCUGCCUAUCUGGACCCGACCGACAAGCACGGAGGGGAGGCUCGUGGUGCCUCAAGGUGCUUUUCCGAAGGACUACAACGUCGCUCAUGUGGAAGACCAAUUCUUCUUUUUCAACACAAGAGUUCGUGAGCAGAUUCACUUUAAUCAUUUUCUUGAUUCUACAAGUGUUCUGGAUCACCAUUUUGAUGGAGCUGCCGAGGUAAUGUGCUUGAAAAUGUACCUUGAAUUCAUGUUUCCACGUCUAAAAGACGCGCCCGUUGAGGAGCUCCGUGAUGAGGUUGAGCGAGUUUCGCGUUCCAUCACGAAUCAUCUUGGUACCACGUUUAGAAAUACAAUCUAUAGAAGAAACGCUCUCCUUAUUAAACAAGCUCAAAGUAAUAGUGCCUGUAGAUCUUCCUUGUUUAACAUUAUCGGUGACAAGGCUAAAGUCCCAUCGAGGUCUGAUGAUGACGAAAGCUGUUCGUCGUCAGGGGAUCAAAAAACGUGCAAGGGCGACACUAAAAUACUCUCAUCCACGGAUCAAUGCAACACUACACAUAGUUCUUUAGAAUGUGAACCCAGCCAGCCGAUGAAUGAUUGGGAGGCUUCAACAUGGCGGUCGAUUUAUUUGGCGGAAAGGGAGCGCAAGCUUUUAAUUUGGAAAAUCAAUCUUGACGAAUCCAAGUACAAUGAACCUAGCGGGCUCUGGGUAACCACCUCUAUCGAGAUGUAA